AUGAAUCUUCUACUAUUAUUUUUUCCAAUAUACGUUUUAGCCACUAUUCACAAAAUCGAACUUUACGUCAACUCAGCAAAUCAAGAAAUCAACGGACACAGGGUCUCUUACAGAACCGGGAAAUUUCCUAGUUAUGAUUUAUACAUUGACGACCAAACUUCUUUUUACCAAUACGAUGAUGCUAAGAAAGUCAUUUACUAUGAUAACAAAGUUAGAUUUUAUUUAACUGUAAUCAAUAACAUACUUCAAUUGAGUCCAAACACUCCGUUAUCAAUAAAUAUUCAGCCUGAUGGAAAAAUAUUGGAUAACACUUAUGCAGUGGAAAGCUCAAGUAUAGCUGAAGCUAGUGCUAAAAAGAAUUAUAACAUUUGGUAUGGCACUGAUCCACCAAUUGAUGCGAUUCCCUUGUCUAUUCAUGCCAGUUAUCUAUAA